AUUUUCGAGUGUGUUAAGGAUAAAAGACUCGAAAUCAAAAUCAAAAUAAUAUUAAAAAUAUAUACAAUUAUAAAAAACAGAACAUGUGCUCGUUAAGCCAACAAUUUUACACCCUGGCCGUGGCAUUGGGCAUUGUUUGCCUAUCGUCAGCGAUGCCCCAAAAUCCGCAACAGCUACAGGAGGGACCCCAUGCGCUGCUGGACAUCGAGACACCCAACCAGUUCAGCUACAACUCGCCGCUGGCCCAGCCAGACAGUCUGCGCAAUAAGCCCUACUUUGACUUCCUGAGCACGCUCUACGCCCACGACUCGGCCAAGACGAAUCUGUUCAGGAAUCGGCCGCAGCGCUCAGUGGAGCUGCAGCCAGAGCCCGAGCUGAAGGCGGAUGAGCAGCAGCUGGCAGCUGCCGAUCAGCCCAAGAGUCGUCGUCGGGACCGCAAGCGUCGCGCCAUCGUCUUCCGGCCGCUCUUCGUCUACCAGCAGCGCGAGAUCAAGAAGAAGGAGAUCGCAGCCAGGAGACGCAGCGAUGAGGCGCAGCGCCGCAACUACUACAAGAACUACAAGCGCGUCUAGUCCUCAAACCUCUGGGAAUCCGCUGAAAUUAAAUCUAA